GGGGAGGAGAAUAGCUCACUUUCCCCGGAGGGCCUGAGAAAGAUCAGCUUACAGGCGUCAGCAUGGGGUGUGACCCUUCUUCUUUCUCUCCGUCUUGGCCCUGGCACGUGCCUCGGGUGACCAUCAUCUGACAUCAGCCCACAGUCUGGGCAGAAAAUGUUACCAGGUCUCCUUUUCUCCCCCACCCAAAACACACUCAGCCCUUUCACUGACCUGGCUUCUGAUUGGAGGCUGGGUGCUUUGGAUAGUGACCUCCAGGACCCCUCUGUGGGUCACAGCCUGUUCACAUUACUCUGACCACAACUUAAGACGUCUGCAGUGGGCUGUGAGGAAAAGUAAAAGCCUGGCGUUUUCCCAUCCCCAGGUAGCAGAAGCUCGGAAGCCUGACAGCGUUCCAGCCACCUGAGUGGGCCCAGGGCAGGCAGCUGCCCAUGUGUCCCUUCCAGACAGGCUCCUCGCUAAAAUGAGGGAUCUUCUUCAGUACGUCGCCUGCUUCUUUGCCUUUUUCUCUACUGGGUUCUUGGUUGUGGCCACCUGGACAGACUGUUGGAUGGUGAAUGCUGACGAUUCCCUGGAGGUGAGCACAAAAUGCCGAGGCCUCUGGUGGGAGUGUGUCACGAAUGCUUUUGAUGGGAUCCGCACCUGUGAUGAAUACGAUUCUAUCCUUGCCGAACACCCCCUGAAGCUGGUGGUAACUCGAGCAUUGAUGAUUACUGCAGAUAUUCUAGCUGGAUUUGGAUUUAUCACCCUGCUUCUUGGUCUUGACUGUGUGAAAUUCCUCCCUGAUGAGCCAUACAUCAAAGUCCGCAUCUGCUUUGUUGCUGGAACCAUUUUACUAAUAGCAGGUGCCCCAGGAAUCAUUGGUUCAGUGUGGUAUGCUGUUGAUGUUUAUGUGGAACGUUCUUCUCUGGUUUUGCACAAUAUAUUUCUUGGCAUCCAAUAUAAAUUUGGUUGGUCUUGUUGGCUUGGAAUGGCUGGGUCUCUGGGUUGCUUUUUGGCUGGUGCUGUCCUGACAUGCUGCUUAUACCUCUUCAAAGAUGUUGGACCUGAGAGGAACUAUCCAUACUCCAUGAGGAAAGCCUAUUCCACAGCAGCUGUUUCCAUGGCCAAGUCAUACGUAGCCCCUCGGACAGAGACUGCCAAAAUGUAUGCUGUGGACACAAGGGUGUAAAGUGCCACACGUCAGUCUG